AUCAGGCGCUUUUGGAACUUUUGUCAAUAAGAGCCGAGUUCCUACAGGAAUUCAUCCAUUUGAAGAGUUAGACGUCGGAUAGAUUACUUCAAAAAAUUCAAGAAAUUGAACUGAGCUUCAGUUUUUCGAUCAUGCUAAGAAGAAGUGAACGUUUGAGAAACAACGGAUACUAUGAUAUGGAUGGACAACCUGUUAUUUCAUACAGGGAGACGCCAAUCAGGGCCAUAAGGAGGCGCAUAACAGGUCGUCCUGAAAACCACCCUGCAGUCACAUUUAGAGAGAGGUCACAUGAUUCUGGUGACAAUGUGAUUGACAGAGAAAGACAGAUGAUGAUGACUCUGUUGCAGGGUGGUUUUGAUAUAUCAGUCUUUGUCUUUCUCAUCUUCGUCACUUUUGGAUGUAUUUGCUGUAUUAUUUCCUUCCACUCACGAUCUUCAGAGUUGUCUCUCACAACUCUAACAGACAUGGUUACGAUCUUUGGACGCAAGGAUCAAAGACAUCUCUCCAACCUGGAGCUCUUGGAGCAGAAGGUUGACUACCUUCUGCCACAAGCAGACCUGUGGCCCAACUUUGCUCUGGAGUCUCAAGGAGCAAAUAUUUUACACAAGAUGACCUCAGAGGCUUAUGACAUCAAUAAAGAAGUUGGAACGUUUGGGAAAUUGUUCAAGAGACCUCCUAUUGGCCCAGGCAUUGUUAUUAAGGGAAAAAAUCGUCUGCAACCUGGAAAAUGCUGGGCCUUUCCAGGUUUCCAGGGACGUUUGGGCGUCUCACUUUCACACCCAGCCACCAUCAGACAUGUGUCCCUGGGUCACAUUGCUAAGACUGUGUCCCCAACGUCCUCUGUCUCUAGUGCUCCCAAAGAAUUUUCUGUAUAUGGAAAGAAGAAUUUAGAAGAUGAGGAAACUCAUUUGGGAACUUUCCAAUACGAUGAAGAUGGAGACCAAAUACAGACCUUCAAACUUCCUGCCGAUAAAGUUGGUUCCUUCCGUCAUGUGACUCUAAAGGUGAACAGCAACUGGGGUCAUCCGGACUACACCUGCCUCUAUAACUUUAGAGUGCAUGGAGAAAUUGCAAAAUGACGAGGAGAACAAAGAGAGAUGGAUGAGAUAUGGAGAAAACUAUUUUUUUACCCUUUGAUAUAUCUCUUUUGUAUAUGUUUACACAAUUAAUUUAAUUCCUCACAAAAAGUCCUCACAGUCAACCAUAAGUAGCACAAUGGCACAGUUAGUAGCACUGUUACCUUUCAGAAAGAGGUUCAGACGUAAUAAAAGUGGGAUUUGUGGGUUUUCUCCGGGUGCUCCGGCUUCCUCCCUCAGACAUUUUAAAAUUGGCACGUGUGGGUUCUCUAUGGAAGCUCCAGCUUCCUCCCACAGAAAUAAUAAAAGUAGGAUUUGUGGGUUCUCUCUGGGUGCUCCGGCUUCCUCCCACAAUAAAAACUUGACUGUUCGGUUAAUUGGUCUGCCCAAAAUCUCCUCAGCUGUGAAUAUGUGCUGCAUGGUUGACAACAUAACGACAUAAACUUUCUGAUAACAUUAACAUAUUCAAACUUAAACUCUUAAUCAAAUUGAAAGAUUGUCUGUCCAGGAUAUGGGAAUACAGCAACAUGAUUUUGUAGAUAAUGAUGCACUAACACAAUUCUUUAAGUUCUUUCACAGAUAUUGAAGUUUAACUUUUUGUUUCAUGUUAUUCUUUCGGGACUGAUUCCAGUGAGAGGUAGUUUACUGCUACAGGUUCAGACUA